AUGGCGAUCCGCUUUAUCGAGGAGCUGAUUAAUCUUACCCAAGGCAUUCCAGAAAUCCACAACUGGAGCCUAGCAACCUUCUACUCAGUAUUGGUCGCAAUUAUGUCCCUACUUGCAUUCCUGAAACCGAACAUCUUUGGCAAGAAAGCUAACUCGGACGGCCGCACCGCCGCACUUCCUAUCAUAGCGACCGCGACUGGAACUAGUGUUAGCGCCGUUACAAAGCUAUUUGACAGCCUGCGUGGCAAUGAACAUGGGGUGUCUCCCAUAGCCGACAUGUGCAUGGAGGCGGAGCAAGCCCUGACCCAACUCGACAACAACGCUUUGCAUAGCACGGGUCAGAUAGCUACUGUCCGCCUUGAGUACCCCGGUGAUAUAUGUAUCAACCCCAAGUGUGCUGGUCACGGGCGCGCCACCCUCAACAAGGGCGGCCGCGACAAAACACGCGUGCAAGUAGUUGAUAUGAGAUUCAGGGGAGGUGGCGGGGCAGCGGUCACGGUCGCCUCCCUGCACGCCGCUGGCGCCGUCGGGGCUGGGCUGCACGCGCCAGAUGCCGCCGGGCUGCUGGGUCUGCUGCCGUCCCCCGACGCCGCUGCUGUGUCCAAGGGGCUGGGCGUCGUUGUUGGGAGCACCGCCGUGGCAGAGCUCCACGCGCGGAAGGGCAGGGGAGGUGGCGGGGCAGCGGUCGCGGUCGCCUCCCUGCACGCCGCUGGUGCCGUUGGGGCUGGGCUGCACGCGCCAGAUGCCGCCGGCUGCGGUGGCGCCGUCACCGGGCUGCUGGGUCUGCUGCCGUCCCCCGACGCCGCUGCUGUGUCCAAGGGGCUGGGCGUCGUUGUUGGGAGCGCCGCCGUGGCGGAGCUCCGCGCGCGGAAGGGCAGGGGAGGUGGCGGGGCAGCGGUCACGGUCGCGGCGCUGUCGGGUUCCGGACUGUGGCGCCUCUCGACCAGCGCUGGACUCGGCCCUAUUGUUCGAUUGACGCAGGGCUGUAUCCGAAAAGGGGAGAACCUUGGUCAGCAACUGCAGCUGUCCACUUGA